GGUGUGAAAGCCUGCAAAAUUUCUGGAUUUUUAUCAUAGGUGGUUGGAAAGCAGUAUGGUUAAGGUUCUCGACAGCUUUCUUGUUUCGCCGCCGCCGGGGGUGGUUCCGACGGUGUCAUUGCGGCUCACUUAUUUUGACAUGCCGUGGUUAUUUUGUCCUAAUGUCCAACGCCUUUUCUUCUAUAAAUUCCCUCACCCUACUUUGUACUUCAUGGAGACCACUCUUCCUAUGCUCAAACGCUCCCUCUCCUUGACCCUCCAACAUUUCUUCCCAUACGCAGCUAACAUCAUGUGCCCUCCAUCUCCCGGCAAGCCCUUUAUCCAUUACACGGAUGGCGACUCCGUUGCCUUCACCGUCGCUGAAUCCGACAAAGAUUUCGACCACGUCGUGGCCGAUUAUCCGCGGGACGUGGAAUUGUUACACCCCUUCGUCCCGCAACUUCCGUCGGAAGAAGUGACUGAGGACGGAAUCCGUGUGCUUCCAGUCAUAGCGCUUCGAGUCACCGUGUUUCCGAAUUCCGGGAUCUGCAUCGGAUCGACUUACCAUCACACGGUCGGUGACGGUAAGUCGUUUAUGCAUUUCAUGAGGUUUUGGGCGUCUGGUAAUAGGUCUGGUGCCACGGAUGGUGACCUAAUUCGUCUCGAAAAUUCACUUCCCCUUAUUAAUAAGGAUGUUGUCAAGGAUCCUGCUGGCCUAGAGUUGGCUUACCUGAAGAAUUACUGGCACUGGGUAUCAUCCCGUGGCGAAAAUUCAGCACCACCCAAAGAUAUAACAUCAAACAAGGUUCGGGCCACAUUCACAUUCGAUCGAGCUCGAGCUGAGAGACUAAAACAAUUGGUUACAACAGGUGAUGCAGAGCAAAAUCACAUCUCGACUUUCAUGGUCACAUGUGCCUUCGUAUGGGUUUCUUUGAUUAAAUCGAAAGAAAACCUUGCCUAUAAUUUAUCGGAUAACGACGACGACGAUAAUAAGUUCUAUUACUUCAUGUUUUCGAGUGAUUGUCGGAACCGUUUAGAAUUUCCGGUUCCGACAACAUACUUGGGGAACUGCUUAAGACCAUGCAUUGUCGACGUAAAAAGAAGCGAAUUGAUCGGAGAAGACGGGAUCGUUUUAGCUGCGAAGGCCAUCGGGAGAGCGAUUAAAGAAGCUAUGAGAAGUGGUUGGGAAUGGGCAGAGGAUCCGGUAUCGGCUAUAAGAAAACGAGCAAUAACUGGGCGUCUUACGCCGACUGCCGGAUCACCAAAACUAGGAGUGUAUGAUACGGAUUUUGGGUGGGGAAAGCCCUGCAAGGUUGAGCUGGCACAUAUAGACCACGACGGAGCGAUGUCCAUGGCGGAAUGUAGGGAUGGGCAAGGCGGAAUUGAGGUGGGUCUAGCUUUAAACAAGAAUCAAAUGGAUGAAUUCGUUGCCGUUUUUGAACAGAAUUUGAAGCAUCUAGGACUGUAGCAUUUGUACUGCUGGUUGGCAUGCAUAUUUUAAUAAUUAAAAUAAUGUUUGUUAUUUUUAGAUGUAUCAACUAAAAAUUAUAGAGUAUUUGA